AUGUAUUUCCACAAAAAACAUCAGAAAAUGCAGAUCCAUGUGGUGAGUCGAAAGCUGGUUAAACCUAGCAAGGCGACUCCGCCGCAGCUCCGCAGCUACAAGAUAUCGGUGAUGGACGAGGUGAAUCCAUCGAUGUUCGUGGUUCGCAUCCUCUACUAUCGAUCUCGAGGAUUAAUAAAUCUGAGUGGUUUGGAAGAGUCGCUGGGUCGAACCCUGACCCGAUUCUACCCACUAGCAGGUAGAUACGACAAGGAGAAGCGCAUGGUGGAAUGCAACGACGAGGGAGCUCUCUAUUCAACGGCACGAGUCGAUUGCCAACUCAGUCGGCUCAUAGACGGGGAGGUCGACGUCGAGCAGCUCAACCUCCUCCUCCCCUUGGAAAUCGGUGCAGCUGAUGAGCCUACGGAUCCAAUGCUAGCGAUUCAAAUCAACAGAUUUCAGUGUGGAGGCACGGCCGUCGCCGUCUGCGCCUCCCACAGAAUCUUCGACGCCGGCUCAAUGAGCAUAUUCCUCACUGCCUGGGGCAGGGGCGGCGCCGCCAUCACCCCCGUCUUUGACUCCGCCUCCUACUUCCCCUCCGAGAACUUACCUCCUCUACAGACUCACGACUCCAGAACCCGUAACAACAACAUAUCCGUCAGGCGUUUCAUUUUCACCAAAACCGCGCUAUCGGAACUCCGCCGCCGCAUGCCCGCCUCCGCAAAACCGCCGUCCAGGGUGGCGGCGGCGUCCGCCGCCCUCAUCCAGGCGCUCCUGCGCGCCGACAGGGCCAAGCACGGAGAAUCCAGACCCUGCAUCGUCGCUCAGGCGAUCAACGUCCGCGGGCGGACCCAUCCGCCCGUGCCGGACCACUCGUGCGGUAACUGGGCCACCUUCGCCACCCUCGAGCUCGACGCCGGCCGCAGCCGGGAGAUGGAGGCGGAUUUCCCCGGGCUGGUCUCCGAGAUGCGGGGCGCGGCGGCCGGCGGCGUGGCCGACUGCGCGCGGCUGCUGGCGGACAGGGAGUUCGGGAGGUGGGCAUUGGUCGGGAGCUACGUGGCGGCGGACGAGAGAGGCGGCGGCGGGGAGUGCAAGGUUGCUUGGAUAAGUGAUUGGUCCAAGUUCGGGGACUACGAGGUUGACUUGGGAUUGGGGAAGCCUGAUUGGGUGAGCUUGGCGGGAGGGAGGCUCGAGGAUAUUAUUGUGUUGAUGAAUACCAAAGAUAAGGAAGGGAUUGAAGCUUGGGUGUCUUUGAAAGAAUCGGAAAUGAGGCUUCUGGAAGAAGAUCACCAGAUUCGGAUGCUUACAUGUCGUCGUGGAUUAUCCAAAAUUUGA